AUGUCGCUUUUCUCUCCCUUUACACUUCUUUUCCUUUACAGUUCUCUUCCUUCCUACUUUUCAUUUCCGCUACAAUUCUCUUACUUUACAGUUCUUUUAACUUCUCUUCCUUUACCCCUCCCUUCCUUUACAGUUGCCUUCCUUUACGCUUCUCUUCUUUUACACUUCUCUUCCUUUACACUUCUCUUCAUUUCAACUUCUCUUCCUUUACAAUUCUCUUCAUUUACACUUCUUUCUAUUUAUAGUUCUCUUCCUUUACACUUCUCCUACUUUAUACUUCUCUUCAUUUGGCACUUAUCUUCUGUCCACUUCUCUUGCUUUAUACUUCAUUUCCUUUACACUUCUCUUCAUUUACAGUUUUCUCCUAUUACACUUCCCUUCUGUUACACUUCCCUUCUAUUACACUUCUCUUACUUUACACAUCUUUUAACUUAUCUUCCUUUACAGUUCUCUUCUUUUACACUUCUCUUAAUAUAUACUUCUCUUAUUUUACAGCUCUCUUCCUUUACGCUUAUUUUCCUUUACAGUUCACGUCUUCCCUACUUUUCAUUUCCAUUUCUCUUCCUUUACACUUCUCUUCCUUUACAGUUCUCUUCUUUUACGCUUCUCUUUAUUUCCACUUUUCUUUUUUACUCUUCGCUUCCUUUACCGUUUUCUUCCUUCAAAAUUUUCUUCAUUUACACUUCUCUUUCUUUACAGAUCUCUCCCUUUACACUUCUACAUUAUAAUUCUCUUCGUUUCCACUUUUCCACUUCUCUUCCUUUUUACUUCACUUUCCUAUACACUUUUCUUCCUUUACAGUUCUCUUCAUUACAAUUCUCCUCCGUUACACUUCCCUUCCAUUACAUUUCCCUUCCAUUACACUACUCUUCCUUUAAGAGAAAGAGGUAA